GGACUACUCACAGGCUAAACUCUAAGCGCUGAAGCUUCUGCAGUGGGACUAGGGGAUCACCUUUACCACGUCCCUGACUUCACUGGGGUUUCUGUUUUAUUCUCACGCUGGGUAGGGGGGACGGACCCAAAUUGUGUUGGUCUCCCCAUGCCCCCUUGCACCUGCUUCACCCCCCUUUGUGCAAACUCAGUAAAGAUCUGCUCUCCCUCCUCCCAAUGAAAGGGGCUUACUACUUCCAGGUUUAACGAGACUUCCAGGCCAUCAAGAUGGAUUUCAACUCUUACAGUGGAGUCCCGAGGUUCCUGACCAGGCCUAAGGCCUUUGUGGUAUCCAUGGGGAAAGACGCCACACUCAGUUGCCAGAUCAUUGGAAAUCCCAUUCCACUGGUGAGCUGGGAGAAGGAUAAACUUCCUAUCCAGACGGGGGGAAGAUUUAAAAUGGUGGAAGAUGGCGAUCUAUAUCGUUUAACCAUUUAUGACUUGAGCCUGGAUGACAGUGGUCAAUAUAUCUGCAGGGCCAAGAACUCAAUUGGGGAAGCUUUUGCCGCAGUUAGCAUCAAAGUUGGGGAGCAGACCACUGUGACAGAAUCGGCACCUUAUUUCAUCCAGAAGCCCACUUCCAUCCGAGUCAUCAUGGGAGAAGACGCCAUGUUCAAAUGCAUUGUCCAGGGUAGCCCACCCCUUUCGGUGAACUGGGAGAAAGACGGGAGGCACCUGGGCGGGCGGUCAGAGUCCAACCGCAUCCAGAUUGAGACCCAGGGGGAGAAAAAUGCCCUCAAGAUCCAAAGCACUCGGUUGGUGGACAGCGGGACCUACACUUGCCGUGCAGAGAACCCCCUUGGGGCCACCAGCGCAGCAGCUGCGUUGGUGGUGGACACGCCAGAUUCUUACAGCCCAGGUGGCACAAGGCAUGCUAUCGACGCAGACAGCAGCAAGACCUCCCCUUUGCUCUCACACUUGCAAAAAAGGCGAGAAGAAAUCAGAAAGACAGACCUAACCACUGCCGACUCUCUGAUCUCCUCGGCAUACACCUCCCUGGAAGGGCGGUCGAAACUUGGCCUGAGCCUUUCCCUUGACUACGAGAGGGCUGCCAGCUUGACGGCAAAGAGCUUCCGGGGCGAUGGCGGUUCUUCCUACGGGGUGACGACGCGUACUUUCACCGUCACCGAGGGGAAACAUGCCAAGAUGAGCUGCUACGUGACGGGAGAACCCAAGCCAGAGAUUGUCUGGAAGAAGGAUGGCGAGGUCAUCCUCGAAGGGCGGAGGCACAUCAUCUACGAGGAUGAGCAGGAGAAUUUUGUGCUGAAGAUCCUCUUCUGCAAGCAGGUUGACAACGGUCUCUACACGUGUACGGCUUCCAACCUGGCAGGGCAAACAUACAGCUCUGUGCUGGUGACAGUCAAAGAACCGAGAAUACCUUUCAAGAUGAAACUUAGAGACCUGGAAGUUCGGGAGAAGGAAUCUGCUUCCUUCCAGUGUGAGGUCCCCGUUCCCAGCACAGAAACCACCUGGUUCAAAGAGGAGACAAAACUCCAGCAGAGCCAGAAGUACAACAUUGAGGAAGAAGGCACAUUUCGGAAGCUUACAGUCCAGAACAUUACCAUGGAUGAUGAUGCUGUCUAUAUAUGCGAAAUGAAAGAGGGAAGCAGAACCAUUGCAGAAUUAAGUGUCCAAGGGAAUAUUAUCAAGAAACUGCCAAGGAAGACUGCAGUCAGCGUAAAUGACACAGCAAUAUUCUGCGUGGAGCUGGAAAACAAGUGCCAGAAAUUCCGGUGGCUAAAGAACAAGGAAGAACUCAAGCCCAACAGCCGAAUUGCCAUCACUUCAUCUGGCAAAGAGUACAGCAUGAUAAUCCGAGAUUGUAAAAUGGAGGACUCAGCAGAGAUUGUGUUUGUGGCCGACGAGUGCAGAACGUCCACCCAGUUUACUGUGUCUGCUCCAAAGAAGCCUCCAUCGCAUCCACCAGUGGACCCAGUGGUGAAAAAUAAAACAGAAACCUCAGUGAUGCUAUCCUGGUCCCCGCCUAAGAUGGAGCGCCCCAUCCCUAUUGAUGGAUACGUAGUGGAGCGUAAGAAACUGACUGGGUUCACUUGGCUGAGAUGCCAUGAAUCCCCCGUCCCUGAAACCGAGUUCAAUGUGAGCAAUCUUGUUGAAGAGGCUGACUACCAAUUCCGAGUGUCUGCAGUCAACAACUAUGGCCAGAGCGGCUAUCUUGACUUCCCAGGAACCCUGCACCUUGAACCAGUACUUGCUGUGAAAAGCCCUCUGAGAAAUGUAGCAGUAGCGCCAGGCAGGGAUGCAAUCUUCACUGUUGACCUCACUAAUACUUGUUCCGGCUCCUGGUAUAUUAAUGGCAACAUCGUGCAGAACAGCGAUAAGUACAUCAUUACAAGAACCAAAACGUCGCACAGCCUCACUGUCAAAAGGGUCACAAGUGUUUUCAAAGAAGCAGAGGUGAAAUUUGUUGCCAAUAAUCUUGAAAGCACUGCCAAGAUAAGUUUGAAAGACGAAGCGGCAAAGUUCGUCAAUGAAUCAACCCCUGGAAUCAAGGUCAAACUCUCAGAGAAAUUUGAGCUGGUGUGCGAGGUCUCAUCAGAGAACGAGCCCGUCAUAUGGAAGAAGGGUAAAAAACCUAUCAGGCUGGACCAGAGAGUGACAUUUACCUCUCAGGGAGUUAACAGAAAGCUCAUUGUCAACAAUGCAUUGAAAGAAGACGAAGGGAUUUACACCUGUGAAACAAAGGAUGACAAGUUAACAUUCCACGUUGAGGUCGAAGAGCCUGUGGCUGUGUUUGCCAACAAGGAGAAGGUACAGAAAGAGAUCAAGGUUACCUUUUUAGAGAAUGCAUCUCUUCUCUGCGAGGUGGCCCAGGAAAACACAGGGGUGAGGUGGUUCAAGAAUGGGAAGCAGAUAAUCUCUAGCAAGAAAUUCAAGAUAGAAGCUGAAGGAAAGACCCGGCGGCUGAUUGUGCAACAGGUAGAAAAAGAGGAUGUCGGUGAUUACUCCUGUGAGGCUGCUGGCCAAAAACUCACCUUCAAAGUCAUUGCUGAAGCUGCAAAAGUUGCAGAAGUUGAGGAUGUGUUUGUCAACAAAGAGAAUGUCCAGAAGGAGAUCAAGGCCGCUGUUUCAGAGAACGCCUCCAUCACCUGUGAGGUGGCUCAGACCAAGACAGAAGUGAAGUGGUUCAAGGAGGGGAAGCAGAUCACCUCCAGCAAGAAAUUCAAGGUAGAAGCUGAAGGGAAGACUCGGCGGCUGAUUGUGCAGCAGGUGGAAAAAGAGGAUGCUGGUGAAUACACUUGUGAGGUUGCUGGCCAAAAGCUCACCUUCAAAGUCAUUGCUGAAGCUGCAAAAGUUGCAGAAGUUGAGGACGUGUUUGUCAACAAGGAGAAGGUCCAGAAGGAGAUCAAAGCUGUUGUUUCAGAGAACGCCUCCAUCACCUGUGAGGUGGCCCAAGCCAAGACAGAAGUGAAGUGGUUCAAGGAUGGGAAGCGGAUCACCUCCAGCAAGAAAUUCAAGGUAGAAGCUGAAGGGAAGACCCGGAGGCUGAUUGUGCAGCAGGUGGAGAAAGAGGAUGCUGGCGAAUACACUUGUGAGGCUGCUGGCCAAAAGCUCACUUUCAAAGUCAUUGUGACAGCUGCAAAAGUUGCAGAAGUUGAGGAUGUGUUUAUCAACAAAGAGAAGGUCCAGAAGGAGAUCAAGGCCGCUGCUUCAGAGAAUGCCUCCAUCACCUGUGAGGUGGCCCAAGCCAAGACAGAAGUGAAGUGGUUCAAGGAUGGGAAGCAGAUCACCUCCAGCAAGAAAUUCAAGGUAGAAGCUGAAGGCAAAACCCGGAGGCUGGUGGUGCAGCAGGUGGAGAAGCAGGAUGCUGGCGAGUACACCUGUGAGGCCGGAAACCAGAAACUGACAUUCUGUAUCACUGUGACAACUGCAAAAGCUGCAGAAAUUGAGGACGUGUUUGUCAACAAGGAGAAGGUCCAGAAGGAGAUCAAAGCUGUUGUUUCAGAGAACGCCUCCAUCACCUGUGAGGUGGCCCAAGCCAAGACAGAAGUGAAGUGGUUCAAGGAUGGGAAGCAGAUCACCUCCAGCAAGAAAUUCAAGGUUGAAGCUGAAGGGAAGACCCGGAGGCUGAUUGUGCAGCAGGUGGAGAAGAAGGAUGCUGGUGAAUACACCUGUGAGGCCGGAAACCAGAAACUAGCCUUCAAAGUCACUGCAGCAGAUGCAAAAGCUGAGGAUGUGUUUGUCAACAAGGAGAAGGUCCAGAAAGAGAUCAAGGCCGCUGUUUCGGAGAACGCCUCCAUCACCUGCGAGGUGGACCAGGCCAAGACAGAAGUGAAGUGGUUCAAGGAUGGGAAACAGAUCACCUCCAGCAAGAAAUUCAAGGUUGAAGCUGAAGGGAAGACCCGGAGGCUGAUUGUGCAACAGGUGGAGAAGAAGGAUUCUGGCGAGUACACCUGCGAGGCCUCUGGCCAAAAACUCACCUUCAAAGUCAUUGCAGCAGAUGCAAAAGUGGAGGAUGCGUUCGUCAACAAGGAGAAGGUCCAGAAAGAGAUCAAGGCUCUUGUUUCAGAGAACGCCUCCAUCACCUGCGAGGUGGCCCAGGCCAACGCAGAAGUGAAGUGGUUCAAAGAUGGGAAGCAGAUCACCUCCAGCAAAAAAGUCAAGGUUGAAGCCGAUGGCAAGACCCGGAGGCUAAUUGUGCAACAGGUGGAGAAGAAAGAUUCUGGCGAGUACACCUGUGAGGCCUCUGGCCAAAAACUCACCUUCAAAGUCAUUGCAACGGAUGCAAAAGUUGCAGAAGUUGAGGAUGUGUUUGUCAACAAAGAGAAUGUCCAGAAGGAGAUCAAGGCCGCCGUUUCAGAGAACGCCUCCAUCACCUGUGAGGUGGCUCAGACCAAGACAGAAGUGAAGUGGUUCAAGGAGGGGAAGCAGAUCACCUCCAGCAAGAAAUUCAAGGUAGAAGCUGAAGGGAAGACUCGGCGGCUGAUUGUGCAGCAGGUGGAGAAAGAGGAUGCUGGCGAAUACACUUGUGAGGUUGCUGGCCAAAAGCUCACCUUCAAAGUCAUUGCUGAAGCUGCAAAAGUUGCAGAAGUUGAGGAUGCAUUUGUCAAAAAGGAGAAGGUCCAGAAGGAGAUCAAGGCCGUUGUUUCGGAGAAUACCUCCAUCACCUGUGAGGUGGCCCAAGCCAAGACAGAAGUGAAGUGGUUCAAGGAUGGGAAGCGGAUCACCUCCAGCAAGAAAUUCAAGGUAGAAGCUGAAGGGAAGACCCGGAGGCUGAUUGUGCAGCAGGUGGAGAAAGAGGAUGCUGGCGAGUAUACCUGUGAGGCCGGAAACCAGAAACUGGCCUUCAAACUUAAUGUUCCAGAGGUUGCAGAUAUAUUUGCCAAAAAGGAGAAGGUGCAGAAGGAGGUCAAGGCCGUCCUGAAGGAGAGCGCUGCUUUGGUCUGUGAGGUGGCCACUUCCGAUACCCAGGUGAAGUGGUACAAAGAUGGGAAGCCCCUCAGUACUAGCAAAAAAAUCAAGGUGGUCUCUGAUGGCACCUCCCGAAAGCUGGUAUUGGAGCAGGUGGAGAAGAAUGAUGCAGGGAAUUACACAUGUGAAGCUUCUGGCCAGAAACUGAUUUUCAAGAUUGAAGCAGUAGAGCCUGAGGCAAAAUUCGAAAGGAAAGUUCCUCAAGAGAAGCCAAUCGUCGUUCAGGAGGAAAAGAGCAUCAGCCUGUCAACUUCAGUGGUGCCUGAAGAUGCCGAAGUCAAAUGGCUCAAAGAUGGAAUUGAGAUCAAAGCCAGCAAGAAGUACGAGGUGAAAAAAGAUGGGGCCUCUAGGACCCUGACUGUGAAGGUGGCCGAUGUCAAAGAUACUGGUGUGUACACGUGUGAGACCAAGAGUGAUAAGCAGCAGUUCCAGGUGCAGGUCCAAGAAGUCCCAGUGAAGUUUGCGAAGAAGCUGGAACCCGUUAAAGCUGAGAUCGGAGGGGCCCUGACUCUGAGCUGUGAACUAAGCCAAACUGGGGGCAAAGUUGUCUGGCGCAAGGAUGGAGUGGAGCUCAAAGCAAACAAGCGCUACCAGAUGCGUGAGGUGGGCGAAAAGCGUAUCCUGGUCAUAACUGGCCUCCGGGCAGAAGACAAGGGGGAUUAUUGCUGUGAAACCAAGGAUGACAAGUGCAGCAUUCAUGUCAGCCCCACAGUUCCUAGGCUGGUGAAGUUUGUCAAAGGCCUCCACAACACAGUCGCUGAAGAAGGCAAAGAGGCUGUUUUCAAAUGUGUCGUCUCCCCCAGCGACGCCGCUGUCACGUGGAGUCGGAACGGAACCAAAAUCGAAGCCAGUAAAAAAUAUGUCGUAUCCCAGGAGGACUCGAGCCAUAGCCUCACCAUCACUGACUUGACUCUGAAAGACUCGGCUUCAAUCUCAGCAGAAGCAGAAGGAGUAGAGAGCAAAGCAACCCUCAAAGUGGAAGAGACGCCAGUGUCAUUUGUGAAGAAACUGGAAGCCAAGAUUGUUGAGGAGAAGGAGACGGUGACUCUGGAAGUAGAGCUAUCCAAGCCAACCACAGAGGUGAAAUGGAUGAAGAACGGCAGCUUGCUCCAUCCAGGUGACAACUUGGAGAUCAAGGCCGAAGGGACAAAGCACAGCCUGGUGAUUAAGACUGCCGCCUGCGGGGACCGUGGCUAUUACUCCUGCGAGACUCUCCAUGACAAGACCCAGGCAAAAAUAGCUGUGGAAAUGAGACCCAUCAAGCUGGUGAAAGGCCUUCAGCCACUAGAUACCCAUGAGGGCGAGUCUGCUACCUUUGAGGUGGAGCUGUCACACGAUAAUGUGGAAGUUACCUGGAUGAAAGAUGGCGUGAGGCUGAAAGCAAAAGACAACUGCUGCAUUAGUGUCCAGGGGAAGAAGCAUUCGCUGACUCUUUCAUCCCUUGAAAUUGAGGACUCGGGCCUUGUCGCCUUCAAGGCUGAAAGUCUCCACACAACAGGAAGACUUAAUGUGAAAGAACGACCCGUGAAAAUAAUCAAACCUUUGCAAGACAUUAAUGCUCAGAACAAGGAUGAAGUAACCUUCGAAUGUGAACUUUCCAGACCUAAUGUCGAUGUCAAGUGGCGUAAGGAUGGAACCGAGCUUCGGCCAAAUAAAAAAAUUGCAGUCAUUGCACGGGGGACUACGAGAAGCCUCACGAUUCACAAAUGCGAAUUUGAAGACAAAGGGAAAUAUAUGUGCGAUGCUGUUGAUGACAAGAGCUCAGCUACCUUGGUGGUCCAUGCCCGAGAUAUCAAGAUAGUGAAGCCACUGGAAGAUGUGGAGGUGAGCGAGAAAGAGAGUGCUUCCUUCACCUGUGAGAUUUCACACGACGAGGUUGAAACCCAGUGGUUCAGCAACGAACACAAGAUCCGGGCCGGAGAGAACAUCAGGUUGCGGCAGGACGGGAAAAGCUACGCGCUAGUCUACAGAAGCGUGGAGAUGGAGGAUUCAGCAGAAAUCAAAUUUGUUGCUGAAAAAGCAGAAUCCCGGGCAAAACUUAAAGUAAAAGAGCUGCCUGUAAGGUUUGUGAAACCUCUCCGCGUAAAGAUUGCAAUUGAGAAGCACCGGGGCUUUCUGGAGUGCCAAGUGUCUCGCCGCAAUGCUGAGGUCAAGUGGUACAAGGAUGACAAACUGAUCCAACCUGGGCAAAAGUAUGAGAUUGUCAGCGACGGGGUCUACAGGAAGCUCAUAAUCAAUGAGGCAGAGUUUGCUGAUGAAGGCAUUUACACCUGUGAUGCCAUCGAUGACAAAAGCAGCGCUCAGUUUUAUGUGGAAGAACAAUCCAUCAAUAUUGUGAAGGAGCUGAGGGAUGUGGAGGUCAGUGAGCCAGCGGAAGCCAGGUUUGAGUGCGAAAUCUCCAUUGAGUCUGUGAAGCCCCCCAAAUGGUCUCUCCGCGGAGAACUACUGCAGGCCGGCAAGGAUGUUGUGAUAGAACAGGAGAGGAGGCUCCACCGCCUGAUCCUGAGGCAGACCGACGUAGAGAUGACAGGCACUAUUCAGUUUGCCAUUGGCAAAGCAAAGUCCACAGCAAACUUGGUGGUGAAAGAUCUUCAAGUGACUAUUACCAGGCACCUAGAAGACAAGGUCGUCCAGGAAACCCACUCAGUUGUCCUUUCUUGUGAGUUCAAGCCUUCUCCAAAGGUUGUAGAAUGGUACAAAGACCACACCCUCAUCGAGCCCUCAGAGAGGUUUAAGCCCAAGAGGGAUAAGAACACAGCAGAGCUAAAAAUCCUGAAGUUGUCUGUUGGAGAUUCUGGUGUUUACAAAUGCAAAGCUGGGACUUCAGAGACCAAGGCCUCACUGACCAUUCUGGAACGCAAAGUGGAGAUAACGAAGCAUCUGGAAGAUGUGGAAAUUGAGGAGGAGAACUGUGCCUUCUUCACCUGUGAGCUGUCUGAAGACAUUGACGAUGUGGAAUGGUUCCUCAAUGACACACACCUCUUCCCCAACAACUUCAAUGAGAUCAAGAAGCUGGGCACCUCUCACAGCCUGAUGCUCAAACACGUCAUGCCAGAAGAUGCUGGUUCAGUGACGAUCAAGGUUCAGAAGAAAGUCACUGAGAGUGCUCGGCUGAAGGUGAAAGAGAAGCCUGCCGUCUUCAUGAAGUCCCUGGAUGAUGUUGCUGCAGAGGAGCGCAGCACAGUCAGCCUGGAGUGUGAGGUCUCCAAGGCAAAGGUCAAGCCCGUCUGGAAGAAGGAGGGUGUGGAACUCACCCCAAGCGACAAGUACGAGAUGCUGCAGGCUGGGAAGACGCUGGGUCUCAUUAUCCAUGACCUCGACAAGGCUGAUGCGGGCUUGUAUACAUGCGACCUUGGUACAGAGGUGGCCAAGUCUAGAGUCAGCGUCCAAGAACUGAAUAUCGGUGUCACCAAACGCCUCAAAAACACGGAAGUCCUGGAAGGGGAGAGUUGUAGCUUCGAAUGUGUUCUCUCCCACGAAAGCGCUGAAGAUUGCCGCUGGCUCAUCAAUGGAACCGAAGUGGGCCACGAGGGACGGGUUAGAGCGUUCAACAAAGGGAGGAAAUACACUCUCAAUAUUAAAAAAGCAAUGUCUACUGAUGCUGGAGAGGUGGUUUUUUCGCUCGGUGACUUAAGCUCCAAAGCCACUCUAGUUGUGAAAGAAAAGCCAGCGGAAUUUGUACGCGAGCUGGAGGACAAGACGGCAUUGGUGGGGCAAGAGACUAGCUUGAGUUGCGACUUGUCCAAGUGGGACGGCAACAUUAAGUGGCGCAAGGAUGGCAAAGAGAUUCGGAGGAGCCAAAAGUACGACCUGCGUGAGGAGGGGACCCGCGCCAUACUGAUCAUCCACGAUGCCUCAGUCAAGGACAGUGGGGAAUACACCUGCGAGACCGAAAUCUCUAAAACAAAAGCAACGCUUACUGUGGAAGAAGCAGGAAACUGCUUCAUCAAAGACCUUUCGGACCUGAAGCUGGAGGAAAAUAAAAAAGCAGUUCUUACUUGCGAAACCAAGAAGCCGGCUUCUGCAGUGACGUGGAGGAAAGGGAUUACCGACCUCAAGGCGAGCAAGAAAUACGAGAUCAGCCAGAAGGGGAAAGUCCUGCAACUCACUGUGAACGACUUACAGGAAGACGACAGUGACAUUUAUACCUGUGACAUUGGCGAGACCCAGUCAAGCGCAAAGGUGGUAGUGGAAGCCCUGCCAGUUCUUUUUCAACAAGAACUGCAGAACAGGGAAGCUGAGGAAGGAAGCAAGGUGCGCCUUACCUGUGAGCUUAACAAGGCAGACCUGCCGGUGCAGUGGAUGAAGGGAAACGAAGUCCUGCAGGCUGGCGACAAGUAUGAAUUGAAGCAGCGUGGCACUGUGGCAGAGCUAGUAAUCCGGGAUGUAAAGAGUUCUGAUGCUGGGGAUUAUACCUGCAGCACUGGCGAGCUAAAGACCUCGGCUCGAGUGCAAGUGACGGCCUUGCCAGUUCUUUUUAAGCAAGAGCUUAAAGAUGUGGAAAAGGAAGAAGGAGACACUGUAGCUUUGCGCUGCGUACUCAACAAGCCGGACGCGCCCGUGGCCUGGAAGAAAGGAACAACGGUCCUUCGGACUAGUGACAAAUAUAAGAUGAAGCAGGAGGGGUGUGUGGCUGAGCUGUUCAUCCACAAUUCAGAGCCAGAGGAUGGUGGGAGAUACACCUGUGAUGCCGGAGAUAAGCAGAGCACAGCUCAGGUCAAAAUCCAUGCCAUACCUACCCGCUUCAAAGAACUACUAAAGAACACGGAAGCCACACAAGGUGGGAUAGUUACUCUGCACUGUGAGCUGAAUAAGUCUGCUCCAGUGGAGUGGAUGAAGGGGCAGAAAGGCCUGAGGCCCAGCAGCAAAUACAGAAUGAAGAAAGAAGGAACUGUGGCUGAAUUGACGAUCCACGAUCUAGACCUCAAGGAUGCUGGGGAUUACACAUGUUCCUCUGGAGACCAAAAGACAACAGCUGUCUUAACAGUGAAUGCCUUGGCAGCACAGUUCAAAAUGGGACUAAAGAAUGAGGAAGCAACGGAGAGUGGAGCAGCCACUCUGCAUUGCGAGUUGACCAAGGCCGUUGACUCCGUAGAGUGGCUGAAGGAUCAAAAGGUGCUGAAACCAAGUGAAAAAUACAGAAUGAGGCUAGAAGGUCGCUUUGCUGAGCUGACCAUCCAAGAUCUGGAACUGACGGAUGCUGGAAGUUACACCUGCGUGUGUGGAGAUCAGAAGACCACUGCAGCUGUGAAAGUGAAUGCACUGCCUGUCUUUUUCCAAGAAGAACUCAAAAGCAAGGAGGUUACAGAGGGGGAGACAACCGCGCUGCUCUGCACGCUGAGCAAGGCUGCCCCCGUGCAAUGGCGGAAGGGGCAAAGGGCACUCAAACCAGGUGGCAAAUACGAAAUUAAGCAGGAGGGUCCUUGUGCUGAGCUGGUGAUCCAUGACUUGGAUGUCGCAGAUUCUGGAGACUACACCUGCACAUGCGGAGGACAGAAGACUACAGCUAGCUUGACAGUGAAUGUCCUGCCUACACUUUUCACGAAAGCCUUGAAGGACGAAGAAGCUACAGAAGGCAAAGCCGCCACUCUGCGGUGCGAGCUGAACAAGGCCUCUGCCACGGUGGAGUGGAAGAAAGGACACAAGACCCUUAAGCAAGGCAGCAAGUACAAAAUGAGGCAGGAAGGCGCCAUUGCUGAGCUUAUCAUCCAAGGCCUGGAGCUAACAGAUACUGGGAGUUACAGCUGCGUGUGUGGAGAGCAGCAGACUGUGGCAUCUUUGGAAGUCAAGGCCCUCCCCGUGCUUUUCAAAGAAGGACUGAAGAACAGGGAAGCCGUCGAAGGCACCACCGCCACUCUGCGUUGUGCAAUGACCAAAGCUGGUGCUGAGGUGAAGUGGAGGAAGGGGCCUGAAUCUCUCAAGCCAAGCGACAAGUACAGAAUGAGGCAGGAAGGUGCGGCGGCUGAACUCUUGAUUCGAGACCUGCAGGUGGAGGAUACAGGAGAUUAUACCUGUGUUUGUGGAGACCAAAAGACAACAGCUGUCUUGACUGUUCAUGCUGUGCCUGCACAUUUCCAAGAAGAACUUAAAAGCCAGGAAGCCACGGAAUGUGGGACGGCCGCUAUGCGCUGUGAGCUGAGCAAGGCUGCCCUAGUGGAGUGGAGGAAGGGUGAGCGGCUGCUCAAACCGAGUGAUAAAUACAAAAUCAGACAGAAGGAUAAUGUUGCCGAGCUGAUCAUCCAAGACGUCACGGAGCAGGACGCUGGAGAUUACUCUUGUGUGUGCGGAGAUCAAAAAACAUCUGCCUCUCUAACUGUGCAUGCCCUGCCUCCCCGCUUCAAAACAGAGCUGAGCAACCUGGAGGUUGUAGAAUGCGGAACAGCUACUUUGCGGUGUGAGCUGAGCAAGGCAGCAGCUCCAGUGGUGUGGAGCAAGGGCAAUGAGGUGCUCAAGCCGAACGACAAAUACGAAAUGAAGCUAGAAGGUGCUGUUGCUCAACUUGUCAUCCACAGUUUGGAACUGGGAGAUGCUGGAUAUUACAGCUGCACCUUUGGCGACCAGAAGACCUUGGCUUCCUUGAGAGUGAAUGCCCUCCCUGCCCUUUUCAAGAAAGGCAUGGAGGAUCAGGAGGCCCAAGAAGAUGGGACGGUUACUUUCCAGUGCGAGCUGACGAAAGCAUCUCCAGUGGAGUGGAAGAGGAAGCAUAAGUCACUCAAACCGAGUGACAAGUACAAAAUGAGGCAGGAAGGCGCUGUCUCAGAGCUUGUGAUAGCCAGCCUAGAACUUAAAGAUGCCGGAGAGUAUUCCUGUGUGUGCGGCAACCAGACAACAACUGCGGCUCUGACGGUGCACGCCUCGCCCAUAGUUUUCAAAGAAGAACUAAAGGGUGCGGAAGCUAUGGAAGGCGAGGUGGCCACCCUGCGCUGCAAGCUCAGCAAGCCUGCUUCGGUCGAAUGGAAGAAGGGUAGCCAGUCACUGAAGCACGGUGAAAAAUACGCAAUGAGGCAGAAGGACACCAUAGUGGAACUGCUGAUUCAUCACCUAGAAGACGAGGAUUCUGGCGAUUAUACCUGUGUGUGUGGCAACCAGCAAACCACAGCUGCCUUAGCAGUACAUGUUCCACCAGCCCUCUUCAAAGAGCCCCUAAGGGACGUGAAAGCUACAGAAGAAGGAACAGCCGCUCUAUGCUGUGAACUAACUAAGGCUGCUCUGGUGGAGUGGAUGAAGGGGCAGCGUUUGCUCAAGGAAGGUGAUAAGUACAAGAUGAGACAGGAAGGCUCUGUUGUUAAGUUGCUGAUUCAAGAUCUGGAACUGACAGAUGCUGCAGAAUAUACCUGCGUCUGUGGAGACCAGAAGACAGCAGCUUCCUUGACCGUGCAUGCCUUGCCUGCAAGGUUCAAACGCAACCUGAAGAACAUGGAAGCAACAGAAGGGGGCGUGGCCACACUGCAGUGUCAGCUGACCAAGGUCGCACCUGUGGAAUGGAAGAAGGACGGCCAAGUGCUCCAAGCUAGUGAAAAGUGGAUCAUGAGACAAGAUAGUGGCACUGUAGAGCUGGAGAUCCACCAACUAGAUCUUCAGGAUAUGGGAAACUAUAGCUGUGUGUGUGGAGACCAACAAACUGCAGCAUCUUUGACAGUCAAUGCCUUACCUGCCUAUUUCAAAGGUGAACUAAGGAACCAGGAAACCACCGAAGGUGAAUCUGCGGUUCUUCGGUGUCAGCUGAGCAAGGUGGCACCAGUUGAGUGGCGGAAGGGGCAGCUGGUUCUCAGGCAAAGUGAGAAAUACACACUAAAGCAGGAUGGCACCAUUUCAGAGCUGCUGAUCCACAACCUUGAUGAACAGGAUGCAGGAGAAUUUACCUGUGUUUGUGGAGACCACCAGACCACCGCGACCCUAAGAGUCAAUGCGCUCCCAGCACGGUUCAAAAUGGAACUGAAGGAUGUAAGAGCCACUGAAAAUGAAGCGGCCACACUACGCUGUGAGCUCACUAAGGCCGCUCCGGUGGAGUGGAUGAAGGAAGAAGAAAAACUAGCAGAAAGCAACAAGUACCGGAUCAGGCAGGAAGAAACUGUCACAGAGCUGGCGAUCCACGAUUUAGACAUGGAGGACGCCGGGCGCUACACCUGCACAUGUGGAGACCAGAAGACCACUGCUGUCUUAACAGUCAACGCCCUCAAGCCUGAAUUCAAGCAGCGGCUGAAGAAUGAGAAAGGAGAAGAGGGUGGAACAGCCAGGCUGCGCUGCGAGGUGACGGUGGUUAAGGCGUCAGUGGAGUGGAGGAAAGAUGGCACGGUGCUUCAUCCCGGUCCCAAAUAUGAAAUGAAACAGGAAGGUGCCAAGCAUGAGCUUCUUGUUCGCAAUUUGGAAACCAAAGACAGUGGGGAGUAUUCCUGCACCGCUGGGGAUCAAACCACGUCGGCAAAGCUGGAAAUUAAAGGACUCGACAUCACCAUCAUUAGGGGGCUGAAGAACACUGAGGUCUUUGAGGAUGAAGAUGUGACCUUUGAGUGCAAGGUCUCCCACGACAAUGCGAAGGAUGUGGAGUGGAAGCUUCAGGAGGCCUCUCUCCAGAGCAAUGAGAUGAACAAGAUCUCCGUUGAGAAAGGCAGGGUCCACAUAUUGCAGCUCAGGAAGGUGACCCAGCAAGAUUCAGGCACUGUCACCUUCCGGGUUGGACCAUAUACCUCCACGGCACAGCUCAAAGUGAAAGCACCACUUCCCACAUUUAAAGAGGAGCUGGCCAACAAAGAGCUGCAAGAGGACAGUACGGCCAUCUUGAAAUGUGAAGUCUCCCAGCCUGACGUAUCGGCGACAUGGAAGAAGGGAGCCCAAGUGAUUUCUUCAAGUUCCAAGUAUGAAAUCCAGCAAGAAGGGACAAUACUCACCUUAAAGAUUUACAAUCUAAAACCAGAGGACUCUGGCAAAUACACCUGUGACAUUGGGAACCAGAAAACCACAGCAACCAUCGCCGUUGAAGCUCUCCCAGCCCUUUUUGAAGCCCAGCUUGAGAGCCAGGAGGUUGAGGAAGGCUCCGUGGUCACCCUCCUUGCCAAGCUCUCGAAACCCGACGUGCCUGUGAAGUGGAGCAGAGGCUCCCUCAGACUGCGAGCCAGCGACAAGUACGAGAUGAGGCAAAAGGGCUCCACUGUCGAGCUUCUCAUCCACAAUGCACAGCCAGAGGACUCUGGGGACUACACCUGUGACUCUGGGGACCAGCAGACCACAGCAUCAGUGCUUGUCAAAGCUUUGCCGGUACUUUUUAUUAACCUGCUUGAGAAUCAGGAGGCAGUAGAGGGCGGCACAGUCACCUUGCGCUGCGAGAUCUCGAAAGGUGGUGCACCUGUGAAGUGGAAAAAGGACAGAUCCCUCCUGAGGUCCAGUGGCAAGUACACCAUGAAGCAAGUAGGCACCGUGGUGGAACUGAUGGUUUCUGAGCUGACUGCCAAUGAUGCAGGAGUGUACAGCUGUGACACAGGAGACCAGGAGACCUCAGCUUCACUGCUGGUGAACGAAGCACCAGCCACCAUAGUGGAGACACUGAAAGAUAUCACCUUGUACGAAAAUGAAGAUGCGGUGUUCCAGUGCAAGGUCUCUCGGGAGAAGGCAAAGGACGUGGAAUGGAGCCUGAGUGGGGUGCCUCUCCAGUCCAACGAAAUGAACGAGAUUGAGGUUCGAGGGAAAGUUCACAUGCUCACCCUCCGGAAGGUGACGCUCGAAGACUCCGGCUCUGUCACUUUCAAAGUGGGACAGAAUUCUUCUGAGGCCCAGCUGACCGUGCAGCUUGCUCCAGUAAUCUUCAUAAAGCAGCUGGAGAAUGUGGAAGUAGAUGAGAACGGCACAGCUAUCUUCCGCUGUGACCUUUCCAAACCCAAUGUCCAUGUGGAAUGGAAGAAGGGUUCGUCCACGGUCCAGCCCAGCCAGAAGAUUGAAAUGAAAGUAGAAGGAACUGCCCACAGCUUGAUCAUCCAUACCGUGGUCCCUGAAGAUUCAGGAGAAUACAGCUGCAGCACAGCCGACAGGAAGACCACAGCUCGGUUAAAGGUUAAAGCUCUCCCUGUUCUUUUCAAACGUGGUCUCCAAAACAAAGAGGUUGAGACGGGGAACACAGUCUCGUUGCGCUGUGAGCUGUCCAAGCCUUUGGCCCCGGUGGUCUGGAAGAAAGGGAAGGUGGCGCUACAGUCAAGUGACAAGUAUGAGCUCAGGCAGGAAGGGAACUUUGCAGAGCUCCUCAUCUAUGAUGUGGAAGCUCAGGAUGUUGGGGAGUAUACCUGCGAUUCAGGAGACCAACAGACAACAGCCACUGUGAAAGUCAAAGUUCUGCCGGUGCUCUUCAAAGAAGAAUUGCAGAACGUGGAAUCAGAAGCAGGUGGAAAGGCCGUCCUGCGCUGCGAGAUCUCUAAACCUGGCGCUCCUGUGGAGUGGAGGAAAGGAGCCAUCGUCCUUCAGCCUAGUGCCAAGUAUGAGAUGCUUCAGAGAGGCACAAGUAUUGAACUGAUCAUUCACAAUUUGGAGCCCGAAGAUUGCGGCCCCUACACUUGCAGCACAGGAGAUGAGCUGUCGACAGGCUCCGUUUAUGUACAAGAAGAGGAAUUGCAGAUAGUUUCUGAUUUAAAGAACACGGACGUCUUUGCGGGUGAAUCAGCCACUUUCACUUGCGAGCUCUCGCGCCCGGGCAUGCAAAGCGUACAGUGGUGGCUGGACGGCUCUCCCCUUCAGAGCAGCCCCGUGAACGAAAUCUCUGUGCAAGACGGGAAAGUGUAUACUUUGACCCUAAAGGACCUGGGGCCCAAUGAUUCAGGAAUUGUGACCUUCAGAGCGGGCCCCCUCAUAUCCUCCGCUAAAUUAUUAAUCAAAGAUCCAACCAUUGAAGUGGUCAGUCCCAUGCAGGACAUUACCGUGGACGAAGAUGACACAGCAGAAUUCGUCUGCCAGUAUUCCAGGCCUGUGCAGGCCACAUGGAUGAAGAACGAGCAGGCAGUUCAUGCAGACGGCCAGCGAAUUGUCAUUGAGCAGGACUGGAAUGUGGCCAAGCUGAAGAUUAAGCCUGCUCUUCCAGGGGACACCGGCAUCUAUUCUUGCGAAGCUGGAGGCACUAAAGUGGUGGCUAUGCUUGAUGUUCAAGCCAAGAACACCAUUGUCCAGGGCUUAGAGAACGUUGACGCGAUGGAAGGGGGUGAAGCUCUGUUUGAGUGCUACCUUUCGAAACCUGAGUGCUACAAUUAUAACUGGCUGAUUGACGAUGACCCAGCCAAAACCUCGGAAAACAUUGAGAUGGUUUAUUUUGAAAAUGGUCUCCGGCAUCUCCUUCUCCUGAAGAACCUCACGCCCCAUGACAGCUGCCAAGUGACUUUCCAGACCGGCGACGUGGCUUCGUCUGCAUUCCUGACUGUAAAAGGAUGGCGCCUGGAAUUCUUGGAGACGAUAACUGACACCACAGUUACUGCUGGGGACCAGGCGACCUUCACCUGUGUGUUAAGUGAAGCAGUCCCAGUCAACGAAGUUGCUUGGUAUAUUAAUGAUGUGGAUAUCCAAGCAGAUGAAAACUGGAGGAUCCAGGCAGAAGGAAAUAGCUACAAACUCAUACUGAAGAAAGCUCAACUGCAUCACUCCGGAGAGGUGACCUUUGCUGCAAGGGAUGCUAUUGCAUCAGCUAAGCUAUCUGUCAUAGAGCCGGCUGCAGUGACCGCAGUCACUCGACCUUUGGCUGAUAAGUCUGCCGUGGAAGGGGAGAUGACCCGUUUGGAGUGUGAAUUGUCCAAAGAAACCAAAGAGGUCGCUUGGCUCAAAGAAGGAAAACCAAUCCAACCUGGCGGGAAGUACGAACUCAUCUCCGAAGGCAAAAAACAGGCCCUCAUCAUUCAUGGCUUUAAAGCUGAAGAUCAAGGAUCAUAUACUUGCAUGGCCUCUCCUGACGUCAAAACAUCUGCCAAACUUUCUGUUGAAGUGUCAACUGUGUCAAUGUUAAAAGAGGCGACUGAGAAAACCCUCCAGCCUGAUGAACUUGGCGAGAUAGCAGAUGACCAGAUGCAACCCAGUUUACCACCUGAAGCUGCUCAGGAGGGUGACCUCCACCUCCUAUGGGAGGCUCUUGCCAAGAAGCGCAGGAUGAGUCGGGAGCCAACUCUGGAUUCGAUCAGCGAAUUGCCAGAAGAGGAUGACAAACGUCAGAAACAGAGGAAGGAAGAAGCCGAGGUCACCCAGUACUACUCGGAGGAAUACUCGACGUGUGACGAGUCAGCUAAAGCAGGAGAAGCAGACUUCUCUGUCACCAGUUCAGAUGACGAGUCAAGGGCCGGGACUCCUUCCCUUAUUAACUACCUCAAAAAGGCGAGCACGACCAGUGUUAGCGUCAGUAGUAAAGUCCAGACUGUCUCCGCGGGGAAAGUCUCUAAACAGUGGGAGAAAGCAGGCCCUGAGCCAGCUGCUCUUGCUAAGCCUGUCGAACCAGAAGCUGUAGAAGAAGAUCUGGACGACCCUUCCCUGUCUCAUGCAGCUGUGAAGAUCCAGGCAGCUUUCAAAGGGUACAAAGUGCGGAAAGAGAUCAAGCAGCAAGAAUGCCCAGUGUUUGCAGAAACCUUCAAGGACUUCCUUGGAGAGCCAGGAAGCACCGUCCACCUUGAGUGUGUGGCUCAAAGCAAAACCGACAUGAAGGUCCGCUGGCUGAAAGACGGCGACGAAGUUUUGGACGGGCGCCAUUGCCACAUAGACAAUUACAGCGAUGGGACCUGCUCCUUGAUCAUCACUGGCCUGGAAAUGAAUGACGUGGGCAAGUACACCUGCGAGGUAUCCAAUAAGUUUGGCAAGGCCUCCCACAGUGCCAAGGUGAUGAUGGGUGCCCCACCUCAAGCGCCCGUACGGAAACACAAGGCGGCCAAGAAGCUCCCUGAGAGCGAAGAGAGCUCUUCCGGCAGCGAGUUGGACGAUGCCUUCCGCAAAGCAGGGAGGAGGCUUCACAAGCUGUUUAAGUCAAAAAUAUCCACGGAGAUUUCGGACGUGGACGAGGAACUCUUUGUCAGUGCUGACGAGGGAGAGAUAGAGGUGGUGGACCACCAGACCUACCGCGAAGAUGAGAGGUACAUCUACAUCAAGUUUGAAGUCAUGACUGAGGCAAAGACGGCUGCUAGCCGGUUUAGAGAAAUGUUUGCUGCCAUGGGUAUUGCUGUUGAGAUUGACAUCCUGGAUCAAGGCUCCAAGAAGAUAGAGCUGCGUAUUGGGAAAGCCACACCUCCUGCCCCAGGGCAACUGAGAACCCUGGUGAAAAGGCCACCACCUCCUUUGCUUACAUCUGACACUGCUCCCACCUUCAUAACUGAACUUCAAAACCAAGAGGUACAGGAUGGAUAUCCAGUCAGUUUUGAUUGUGUUGUUAUCGGCAAGCCAACUCCCACCAUCCGGUGGUUCAAGGAUGGGAGAGUUAUUGAAGAGGACGAUCACUACAUGAUCAACGAGGACCAGGAAGGCUGCCACCAGCUGAUCAUUACUGCUGUGGUCCCUCUUGACAUGGGUGUCUACCGCUGUCUGGCUGAAAACAGCAUGGGCGUGUCUUCAACUAAAGCCGAGCUGAGAGUGGACUUGACCAGUACAGACUACGAUACAGCAGCAGAUGCAACGGAAACUUCAUCCUACUACAGCGCCAAAGGGUAUCUCUCCAGCCGUGAACAAGAAGGAGUGGAAUCUAUGACCGAAGAGGAGCAGCUGCCACAGAUUCUAGAUGAACUUCACGACAUCCAUGUAGCUCCCGGAGCAGCUUUGGCCAAAUUCCACCUGAAGGUGAAAGGUUACCCACAGCCUCGCCUCUACUGGUUCAAAGAUGGUCAGCCGCUGCAUGCUUCAGACCGACUCUUGAAGACAGACAAGAGGGAGUUUCAUGCCCUUGAAGUUCUCAAUGUUACAAAGCAGGACGCUGGCCAAUAUUCUGUAUUUAUUAGGAACUCUGCUGGUUCAGCAUAUUCAGCGGCCAGGUUGCUUGUCAAAGGGCCUGGUGAGGAAGAAGAGAAACCCACAAGAGAUGUUCACGAGCAGCUGGUGCCGCCAAGGUUCCUGGAACGAUAUACCAACAAAAAAGUGAGGGAAGGUGCCAGCAUUACCCUUUCAGUGAAAGUUGAAGGAUGUCCACCACCCUCAGUGACUUGGCUGAAGGAAGAGUACCACGGAGAAGACAUCCUUUGGAUCAAGCCGGACACUCCAGGCUAUAAACUUGCCAGCUCCAACAUGCACCAUAGCCUCAUCUUGCUGGAUGUGAAGAAGGAGUUCAGCGGAAACUACACCUGCAUUGCGUCCAAUCAGGCUGGGCAGUCUAUCUGUAGCUCCUCCUUAGAAGUUCUGGGUGUGAAAGAGGCCGAGGUUCUGACCCAGGAGCGUGUGAUGGUAACAGAGGCCAUCAUGACAUCACUUGGGUAUGAAGAAAAAGAAAAGAAAGAACAUGGAGUCGGGAUUUCUGUACAUCCUCCUGAAGGCAGAAAAGGGGAACUUAUGGAAGGUGAAGCUGUUCGGAGCCACAUUUCACUUGCUGAGGUUGGGACUGAGGAAUUCCUCCAGAAACUGACAUCACAGAUCACAGAAAUGGUAUCUGCAAAGAUUAGUCAAGCCACACUUCAAGUACCUGGAGCCGACAGUGACGAUGAAUCAAAAACACCAUCUGCAUCCCCACGACACGGCAGGUCCAGGCCUUCCUCAACGGCUCAGGAGUCUUCCUCUGAAUCUGAUGAGGGGGAUGCAAGGGGAGAGAUUUUUGACAUCUACAUGGUUACAGCCGACUACCUGCCCAUGGGUGCUGACCGUGAAACCAUCAGCCUGAAGGAAGGACAAUACGUGGAAGUCCUGGAUUCGGCUCAUCCUCUGAAAUGGCUAGUGAGGACCAAGCCCACCAAGUCCAACCCAUCCAGGCAAGGUUGGGUUUCUCCUGCCUAUCUGGAUAAGAGGUUAAAGUUGUCUACUGAGUGGGGCAUUCCAGAGGUUCCAGAGUUCCAUGGAGAAUCAGUUUCAGAGGAUGAAUAUAAGAAGAAGCUGAGCCUCAUCAUUCAGGACUUGCUGAACACUGAGGAGGAGUUUGUCAAGGACCUAGAAUUCCUCCAGACCCACCACAUUCAGUUCACCGAAACCUGCCCUGACGUCCCUGUGGCUCUUUCAAGCCAGAAGCUCAUUAUUUUCAGGAACAUCACCGACAUUACCCACUUUCAUUCCAUGACAUUCUUCCCAGAGCUUCAGAAAUGUGACACUGAUGACGACGUGGCUAUGUGCUUCAUCAAGAGCGAGGGGGAAUUUGACAGGUACAUCCAGUACCUGGUGGGCCGUAUACAGGCUGAAUCCGUCGUUGUCAGCAAAACCGUUCAGGAGUUCUAUAAGCGAUAUAUAGAGGGAACAUUAUAUUCUGAGGACUCAUCUCAGCCCCCAGUGCUUCCUCUGCAGCACUAUCUAGAGAGACCGAUUAACAGGAUCCAGAAGUAUCAAACUGUAAUUAAGGAGCUAAUUCGAAACAAGGCGAGGAACAGUCAAAACUGUGCGCUGCUGGAGCAGGCCUAUGCUAUUGUGUCUGCACUCAACAGACGAGCAGAAAACAACCUACACGUGUCGCUCAUUGAGAACUAUCCAGGCACCCUAGAAAUCCUAGGGGAGCCCAUCCGACAGGGCCAGUUCAUUGUUUGGGAAGGGGCACCUGGUGCCAGAAUGGCUUGGAAGGGUCACAAGAGACACGUCUUCCUCUUCAAGAAUUAUAUCUUGGUUUGCAAGCCCAAACGAGACACCAAGACAGAUACUUACAGCUACAUCUUCAAGAAUAUGAUGAAGCUACCCAACAUAGACGUGAAUGAUUUUGUGGAAGGAGAUGACCGGGCCUUUGAGAUUUGGCAUGAGCGGGAAGACUCAGUCCGCAAGUAUCUGUUUCAAGCCAGGACCGUCAUCAUCAAGAACUCUUGGGUGAAGGAAAUCUGUGGCAUUCAGCAACGCAUCAGCCUCCCUGUAUGGGAUCCCCCCGAGUUUGAGGAGGAACUGGCUGACUGUACCGCUGAACUUGGUGAAACUGUCAAAUUAGCCUGCAGAGUAACAGGCACACCCAAGCCAGGUGUCAGCUGGUAUAAAGAUGGCAAACCUGUGGAGGUGGAUCCCCAUCACAUCAUCAUUGAAGAUCCUGACGGCUCCUGCACGUUGAUCCUUGACAACCUGGCGGGUGUUGAUUCGGGGCAAUACAUGUGCUUUGCUGCAAGCCCAGCCGGCAAUGCCAGCACCCUGGGAAAGAUCCUUGUCCAAGUGCCUCCCCGGUUUGUAAACAAGGUUAAGCAUGCAUACUAUGCCGAUGGUGAGGAUACACAGUUUACAUGCACCAUUGAAGGAGCACCUUAUCCACAGAUCAGGUGGUAUAAAGAUGGAGAUCUGUUGACAGACCCAAAUAAGCACCAAAGCUUUAGUGAACCCCGGAGUGGCGUAAUAGUUCUUGUAAUAAAAAAUGCCUGCAAGGAGGACGUGGGGUUCUAUGAAUGUGAGCUGGUAAACAGAUUAGGAACAGCAAAGAGCGGUGCUCAGCUUUACCACCAGAGUGCGGCAGCACUGGCUCAAGAGAGGAGGCCGGAUCAGGCCAUUACAAUUGAAGCCAAACAGCAGGAAGCUAUUGGUAAAAUUCCAGAGGAAAGGCCAAGCACCACUCAAAAGGACACAAUUCUUCAAGGUGAUGGGAUUCACGAACGGGCUGUUCCUAUUACAAGAACUCCUCAAAUCAUGGCUGGAGCAGAGUGGCCCAAGAGCGACGGGGCAGAUGUCAUCUUGGAUAUACAGAGGCAAGUUUAUAUUGAGACCACAGAGAGAACCUGCGUCUAUAAAACAGCGGAGAAGACCGCAGCAAGCCCACCAUACAUGCAGGUGACAAUUGAAGAUGUGCAGGUUCGGUGUGGGGAGAUGGCAAAGUUUCAUGCUAUUAUUGAAGGAGACCCUCAGCCAACCGUUGCAUGGUUUAAGGGUAUUUCAUUGCUGAUGGACAGUGAAAGAGUCGUUCAGCUCAGUGAAGGCACAAGAUACUCUUUGAUUCUGUACAACGCUAGAACUGAAGAUGGUGGUGUCUAUACUUGCAUUGCUAAAAAUACAGGAGGGGAGGUCUUAUGCAAAGCUGAACUCGUGGUCCAAGAAGAUAAGAAAAGCCAAGAGGCAAAGAAACAGAGUAAUAGAAGAAAGCUUCAUUCUUUCUAUGAGGUUAAGCAAGAAAUAGGAAGGGGUUCCUUUGGAUUGAUUAAAAGAGUGGUCCACAAAGGCAAUCGAGUGUCAUGUGCAGCCAAAUUUAUCGCCCUGCGAAGCAAAACAAGGGAUCAAGCCUAUCAGGAAAGGGAUAUUCUAGCCACAGUGUCCCAUGACAGAAUCACCCAGCUGCUGGAUCAGUUUGAAACACGGAAAACCUUGAUUCUGAUUUUGGAGCUAUGCUCCAAUGAAGAGCUUCUGGACCGGUUGUUCAAGAAGAAUGUGGUGACUGAAGCAGAGGUCAAGUUCUACAUCAGACAACUUUUAGAAGGGAUUGAAUAUCUGCAUAAGAACAAAGUGCUUCAUUUGGAUAUUAAGCCUGCAAACAUCUUGAUGGUUUAUGAUGACAGAGAUGACAUUAAGAUCUGCGAUUUUGGAUUCGCUCAAAAGAUAAACCCAUCUGAGCCUCAGUACAGUAAAUACGGGUCUCCAGAAUUUGUCUCGCCUGAAAUUCUCUCCCAGUCACCAGUAUCGACAGCAUCCGACAUAUGGCCUGUUGGUGUUAUUUGCUAUUUAAGCUUGACAUGCAAGUCUCCAUUUGCUGGGGAAAACGACAGAGCAACCCUACUAAAUAUUCAGAAUGGAACAGUUUCAUGGGAUAUUCCUGAUUUUGUGCAUCUGAGCAAAGAAGCACAGGAUUUUAUCAGAAUGAUACUGCAACCAUCUCCAGAGGCAAGGCCUAGUGCUAUGGAGUGUCUCUCCCACACAUGGUUUAUGCAUAACCUCCCACUUGAAGAAGCUCAUUUCAUAGAUACAAAGCAGCUCAAAUUUUUUGUGUCCCGAAGCAAAUGGCAGCGUUCUCUUAUGAGCUACAAAUCUGUGCUGGUGAUGAGACCCAUCCCAGAAAUCCUGGCGAAAACUCAUAAGACCACCUCUCUCGGCAUCUCCCGGCACCUGUUGGAAGAGAGCAGCUCAUCGAGCACCAGCGGAUCAUCUUCAGACAACGAGAUUUCGGCCUCCGCAGGAGGAAGGCACUUUGGCCCUACGCCAGGACUUCACUUAUCUGCGCUCGAGGGAUCAGAUUACCCAGAAUACCAGGAGUCCGUAGCAGAGGCUAAGCAUUCUGAAUCCUCGCUGCCACCACUGCCUACAAGACCUAAACAGGCUUCAGCGAAGAGGCAGCAGGGUGAUCAGGCACGGCAAGAAAGUGGAGAAUUGAUGGCCCGGGGACCAAUGUUUGACACAGCUUCUUCACAAGAUAAAGCUGGUUUAUUGGUACCCGGAGAAGGGGAAGUUGAAAGCACCGAAGCAGGAAGGUCCCCUGGAUGCGUCCCCAGACACAGUGUCAUAAAAAGUACUUUCUACAGCCAGCCUUCCGAAAGUCUUGCAGAUGUGCCUUCGUCACCAGGCAAAGACCACAGGAAGCAUUUGGAAAGAGCAAAGAGAAGCUAUAGGAAAGCCGGUUAUUCAAAAUCAACUUUAAGUGGCCUCCGUGAACCCCUUCUGGAACAGUUCGAAUUCGGGGAGGAAGGAUUGUCUGGGGAUGAAGAAGCUGAGUGGGGCAGAGAAGGCGCAGUUGGCCCUCUGAUGACCAAAUCGGCUUCUUUUGACACUGCACAGAAAUCGCCGCGAGUAACUUUCCAAGUUUCCAGCAGGAGCCGUUCGCUGGAUGACUACAAGAUGAGAGCUGCGAGCUUUGCUGAGGAGCAAUACAUUGAGGAAGAGGAGAGCGACUUAAUUCCCGAGGGCAAUGCUUUUGAGGCUUGCAGCGAAAAGGGCUCAGGAAAGAGUUCUGCAAAGGAAGGCUCAAAGAAAAUUGGGGAGGGCGCUUCUGAAGUGCCAUUUGUGCAACUCGGUGAGAGGCACAGCUCGUCUUGGGCUGCUCAGCAGCAAGAGAAGGCAUUGAUUUCAACACCGCCGUCUGGAAAAGGAGAGGGUCUGCCUCAGAAACCAGAACUUCCUCUUGUGACAAAGUCAGAAACAUCUACCCUAGGAAGGGAAGACUUGGUUCCAACUGCUCAGCAGUCAGAUUUAGCCCCAAAGGGUGAAAGUGAAGAAAAGCGAUUACUUCAGACAUUCAAAGCUCCUCUUUGCAAGGACACGGUUCCUAUUCCUUCAAAGGGAGAGGGCUCAGAUUUGAGAGAAGUUCCUUCUCUUCAGGGUCAGCAAAUUCAGCAAGUUGUUAAGACAAAGGGCAAAAUCCCAGGGGUCCUGCAGACUAUGCCAUUGGUGGAAGGCUCUUUGGUUUUACAUCAGAAGCCUUCAGAAAUGACACCAGUUCUCCUGGAGAGUAAAAGCUCAAGUCUCCCAGGCUCACAGGCAGCUGUAUCCAUCCCUGGAGGGAAAGAGCAGCAGAUUCUACCACAGAAACCAGCAGGGCCCAGCCAGGCAAAAUCAGCUGCUUUAAAGGGCAAAGGCACAGCUAGUUUAACUAUUUCUCAAGCAAAAGCUGCCCCAGUUUCACACUCUGAGCCUAAGCAUUCAUACCAAGCACCUCCCAUGCACAGUGAGAUGAAAGUUCCUGUUAGAGAAGGUGAAGUUCCUGCCCGCUUAGAGACUUUGCCUGCUUCUAUAUCAAUCUCUCAGGAAGAAAGCCAAAAGCCUCUGAAGUCUUUCCUUCACAGCGAAGCAGAGCCUGCUCCCGGUGAGAUGAGAGAGCCUUCUCAACAAGCAGACACUGUCCAAGCAUUGAUCCAUGAGGGGGGACACCAUAAGCAUCUACAGCAGAAACCUUUUGCCCCAGGAAAGAGAAAGCUUGAUGCCUUUCCUGGAGAGAGGCAAAUCUUAAUGGCUUCGCAAGGCAAAGCUGUUCCAAUUUCUCUCUCUGAACCGGAAAAACGAGAACUCAUUUAUCGUACACAACUUGCUUCCAGUGAGGACGAGGAUGUUUUCCUGAAAGACCAAGGGCCAUCUGUUUCAGGUUUCUCCCAAGCAAGAGUUGUGCCAUUUUCAGCCUCUGGGGGAGAAAUCCCAGUUACUCAAAAGGAAACCCCAUAUUCCAUUGGACAAGGAAGAACCAGGGGACAUGUUCAUCAGAAACCUGCUAUUUAUAGUGACACAGAGGCUGAAGCCCUGGAGUACUUAGUUGAUGAGAUGGUUUCCCUGUCAAAAGAGAUGACUGCUUUAGCAGAGUCUGUUUCUGAUCCGGAGGGAUCCCGGAGACGCUUUUCUCCAUCCAGGGAGGUGUUCUACCAAGGCCCACCUGGGCAAGCAGUAAGACCGGCCACCAGAUACCUUGUUCGGAGAGGGAAACGGGAAGGGGGCAUUGGCUUAGCAGAUCCCUCAGAAGCGGAUAUUAUAUAUCCUGGAGAAGAAGAGUAUUUCAGUGUGCUACCUUCCUUGGGCAAGAAAGCCAGGAUGUCUCCCCCUUUUGAAGGCAUGGGUUAUGUAGGCUCAGAAAUGCCCAUGGUAUCUGAUUUUGCUAGUUCUGGUUUUGGAGACAGAUUCUCCUAUUACUGUGACAGCCAAAGAAGUGACCAGAUGUGCGAAAUCCGCUUGGUGCAGAUCCAGGACCUCUCGGAGGACAUGCCACGUCCCGAUAGCAAGACAGCCAAAUUUGACAUCUCUGAGGUAGAGCCUGCCUUUCUCAACCUGUAUGAACUCUACGACAUUGUGUACUUCCCAUUUGAGUUCCUUAGCUUCAGAAAAGCCCCCGAGAAUCUGCCCAGCAAAAGACGUUUGCCUAUGGGUGAAAAGGCAAAGUUGCUACCGGGAUUGAAAUCUCAUUCGCAUCAGGAUAAAAAAAUAUGUGCCAGGGAUGAUAACUUGAAAGGUGAGGCUCUACAGGAAGCUCCCAGAGAUGAAGAGAAGACUCCACCUGAGUUGGACGUAGAGCCAAAAGGAGCCAAAGCACCCCGGCUAGGAAAUAGGUCUGAUUCAGAAGGUGACAUACCGGCUGGGUCUCAACAAAUCUAUGGUCUCCUGGAAGACCCAGCCAAACAGCGGAGGAGCUCUUUACAAGAGAGAGUGGGGCUCUUCAAGCCCUUUGUCAGAUCUCAGUCCGUGGAGUUGGUAGAGCAAAGUCUAAAGAAGAAGGUAAAAGCAUCAGUCACCCAUCUCUCAAGAAUGUUGACGAGAAAGUCAUCUUCUGAUCAGGAAAGCAGGGAAGGCUCAGAGGAGCGGAAGGGUGAGCUACAAGAAAGAGCAUCUUUGACAGAGGCUUCUGGAGGCUUGAAAAAGAAAACAGGGUUCCCUUCAUUCACUCUUCCAAGCCUCAAAACAAAGGAGAAAGCACCUUCUUUUGCUGAAGAGCUCACUGACCAGACCAUUGCCUUGGGGCAGUCUCUGACGCUGUCCUGCCGGACAUCUGCCCAUUCAUCACCCAACGUUGAAUGGUUCAAAGAUGGAGCAGCCAUUCGUAGUACGGAGAGGAUCCUGAUCUCCUCUACGCUCAAACACUUCCAGCUUUUAACAAUAUUAGCAGCCACAUCCAAUGAUUUUGGCACUUAUACGUGUGUAGCGAGCAACGCCCAGGGCACAGUUUCCACCUCCUGUGUAAUAAGGAAAGCAGAGACACCUUCCAACCCACCAUCUCCUGAUAUCGUUGAGGUUCUUGAAGAUGGAGUGGAGUUGGCCUGGAAGCCAGUGGAACUGAACACCCCCGUUACUUACUCUGUGCUUUGCAAAAAAGAUGACGGUGAAUGGAAGACCCUGGCCAGUGACAUCUCGGAGUGUUGCUACACUGCUGAGCAUCUCCCUCGGGGUUUGGUGUUAUCCUUCCGGUUCGCCUGCGUCAGCAAAAGCGGUGUAGGGCCGUAUAGCAACCCAACGGCCAAAGUGAGAAUUGGUGACACAGAUCCAGCAGCAUUCCAGUCUGUGGACCCAGAGGACAGCCAAAUGACAGCUCCUGCUCAGCCAACCCACCAGACGUAUGCCUUCCAGACGGAAAUUAAAAGAGGGCGCUUCAGCAUCAUCAAGCAGUGCAGAGAAAAGCUCAGCGGAAAUGCUUUGGCUGCCAAGAUCAUUCCCUAUAGGCAAGAAGAUAAGGAAGAUGUGCUCCAGGAGUAUCACAUCCUGAGGAAGCUUCACCACACCAACAUCGGGCAGCUGCAGGGGGCCUACGUGAGCCCACGCCACCUGGUGCUGAUCACAGAACUUUGUGUUGGCCCUGAGCUUCUCAAUGCUUUGGCUGGAAGGUCAUCCUAUUCAGAGGUGGAAGUUAGAGACUAUCUGUGGCAGAUUCUUAGUGCUGUGGAAUACCUCCAUGCUCAGAAUAUCCUGCACUUGGAUCUGAGGUCUGAAAAUAUGAUUAUCACUGAACCAAACCUGCUCAAACUCCUGGACUUUGGCAAUGCACAGUUCUAUGAACCUGACAGAAUCAUUACCCUCAACGGGUGCACGGACUAUGUAGAAACUAUGGCUUCAGAACUUCUGGCAGAUAAAGGAGCUGUUCCACAGACAGACAUCUGGGCUGUUGGAGUGACAGCUUUCAUCAUGCUGAGUGCUGAAUACCCGAUCGGCUCUGAGGCUGCCUGUGACUUUGGGAGGCUUGUGAAGAGAGAGAAAAUCAAGUUCCACAAAUGCUAUGCGGGCCUUUCAGGAGGAGCCGUUUCCUUCCUACAAAGCACACUGUCCUCUAAUCCAUGGAGGCGGCCAACAGCAUCUGAAUGCCUUCAGUCUCCAUGGCUGCAGGAAACAGGCUUGGAUGAGAGGCAACAAGCAACAGUUAAUUUCUCCACCACUAAACUGAGGAACUUUCUAGCUGAGCGGGAAAGAAAAAGGGCUCUACUCUGUUCCAAGUAUGGCCUGAUGACCGUGUAGUGAAGCACAUUCGGAGAGAAUCGCUUUCAGACUUCCAUUUCCACAUGAUCCUACUCACACCUAGGAAUGUGUUAUUAUAAUUUCUGGCUUCUGGACUGAAAGGGGAUGGUCACAAUUAGGUGUGAGUCAAAAGAUUGCUGCUCAUCUGCGUAUUUAUGUAUCCACAGUAAUCACAACCCGUAUUUUCAUGGAUGGAUACCAAGUUGCAGGUCAUGCACAUCUCUCAUUUAUCCUACACUAUUGUUUAUCUGAAGAUGUCAUUAUGGAGUGGAACAAUUGUGGUGUACUUAAGGUGGGAGGCAGUAAUAAUGGUUUAGAUGAAACAUUAUGGGAAUCUGGAAAAAAAAACUUCUGGAAUCUCUUUCUUUGGUGAUUGUGUACUUGUCAGUUUUGGAGGCUUUCCAAGGUAACUCAUGGGUUCCACAAUUUUAUAAACUCUCUGAGCUAAAUUGAACACUGGUGCUCAACAGCUAAAAAAGAGAGAGAAUGUCGUAAAACAUACCAUUCAUUUGUCAACAGGAGUCUGUAAAAUACGAGCAAGCUGUGAUCCUUCGAUGCAACCAAGAACCUCCUUUGGGGCUUGGAGUAAUGUUGGCCAGAAUGACUGUCUAGCUAAGAAACUUGUUUUGACAGUUCAGGAAAUGGAUUUCUUAUUGAAUAUUAUUAUAAUCUAAGCUGUAAUCAAAUCCCCCUCCCAUUGUGCUGUGGAAGCCUGGCUUGAUACUGUGCUGCUUCAAACUUCAUUCAAAACCUGUUGCUUUCAGCUGAUUGGGUUGUCCGUCUUUAUGGCCUUUAUAGUACUUUGUAUACUAGCUCUCUGUUACAAGCUACCUGUGCUAUAUUUCAGAGAAACACUGUUUCAGUAAAGCAGAGCUUUCCAAACAGUUCAUAUUGGUGACACACUUUUUCGACAUGCAUCAUAUCGCGACACAGUUUUAAUAGCAAGCUGGAGGUUAAACUAACCCCUUUCCAGCCCUAGGGAGGAGUGUUGGAAGUCUUCAUGUGACACACCUCUACACCGCAGCUGACACAACAUGUUGCAACACACAGUUUGGAAAGCUCUGCAGCAAAGGAACCAUUCGCUUGUUCUCUGUGGUUAACUUCAGACUUGGUAAGGGUGUAGCUAGUCCCUAGCAGAACAAACAUGGUGAUCGUGACCAGAUAUGUGAGAGAAAUGUGGGCGAGCCUGCAGGAAUAAUGGAACCUAUUACUGAAAAAAACACAGGAGUUAACUUGCUGUGGGUACAAUAUAAUAAGAUAUGUUAAUGCAGAUUACCUUGUACUUCUCUAGGGGUGCCCACAAAAGUACUUCUAGCACCCUAUCGGCUAUGAAUCAUUGCUUGAUGAUCCCAUUAAUUAUAAGCAGCUAGAGAGUCAAAAAUGCCACUUAAGUGCAUCAUUUUCGCAUGCAAAGAGUUUUGUCCAUAUAUGAGAAUAUUUCAUAGUCUUAUCUGCGAGUGUAUUUGAGGUCUUUUACUGUAGCACAUGUAGUGGGCUGGCCUUGCAAUCCAGGAUGACUUCCAAGCAAAGACACAAGUUUCUGUUAUCUGGCUAAAUUAUUCCUUGUUUGGCACCAUUGUGAUCUCAGUUGCCAUCAGUAUAUUCCCUCUUUUGCUGUGCUAGCUGGACUUGAUGUGGUAUUUCUUCUGGAACAACCAAAUUUAUGCACCGCCUUGGAAACCUGUUGUUUUCAGCCAGUUUGAUUGGCAAUCUAUAUCCCUUAUAUUGUUGAAUUUUUUUUGAAUAUGCCAGAAGAAUAUGUCAGACUAUUCUCUGAACAAAGCAGCUGAAUUAUUUCUGACCUUUUGAUUCCACGCACACACAUUCAAGAGGCCAAACCGAACCGUCCAGGGGUCCUUUACCUUUACCAAGGCUGUAAAAAAUGUGACUGGUUGUGAACCAGACUGAUUCUGGUUAAGUACUAGCAGAAAUCCAUGGACUUGGGUGAAGGAACUAGGCCUUGAGAUAACAAACUAAGAACUAAGGUAUAGUUUAUCCCAUUUCCUUUUCUUCAA